AUCCCUCCAGCUCUCCCCGUAACAUUUCCGUUCCAUCGAUUGAUGAGCCAGCGGCAACCAUUAUGGCUCGCAAAAUUCCGUUCAAAGUAGUGUUUGCGUCAGACGAGGAUUCGGACUAUCCGGCUAGCGAGCUUAACAGUCACAGCCCGACCGUGCACGGAUGGCGCUCGAAUGCCGAUAGCUCCGUGAGUCCGAAAGAAAUCGUGCUACGGUUCUUCCAUCCAGCACGCAUCGUACGGAUACAGGUGCUGGCCCAUCAGUAUUACAUUCCGGAACGCAUCGAGCUAUGGAUACAUUACUCGAGCAAAAGUGCUCCCAGUACACCCUCGAGCCAAAGCUUCGAGUAUAUGGGCUUUGUGGCACUGUCGGAUAAUGCCAGCACUAACUAUACCUCGCGAGAGCUGCAAAGUGUGUCCGUGGCACCGAAGGUUGGUUCCCACCUAAAGCUACGCCUCGGACCAGCACAUCCGAACCAAUACAACAAGGAUAAUCAGGUGGCUCUGCUUGCGAUCAACAUACUUGGGGAGGAACUAACCGCCGAAGAGCUGGCUGCAUCUCAGGGCAACGUAACGUCACUACUGAACGCGAUACCAGCGAACAUCGACACCUUGAACAGUUCGCUAGCAUCGGCUUGUGACGAUCUGUCCUAUUCGAUGUACGUGGAGGAGAGUAUCUGUGAGGUUGUGCGAAGGAUGGAGCUGUUGAAGGUGCAAGCUGUUCAAGACGAACGCUUCGAGUAUGCCCGAAAGUUGAAGUUAUGUAUGGGCGCCCUCCGUACGGCCGGUGAGCGACUUGGGCGGUACGCACUAGCAAAGCGACAGGCAGUGCAGGCAGAGGACUUUACCACCGCACGCUUACGCAAGGAGCAGAUCGAAAUGUACCGGAAGGCUGUGUUUGAUCAGUUGCGCGUGGAGCUACUGCUCCAGAGUGACAAAAGCGUCACGAGUAACGAUUCCUGUUCGGAGCUGUACGCUUCCAAGCCAACGUUGCCUUCACCGCCCAGCUUGCAGGAUGUGGCCAGUGCGUUAUCCGGCGAUUCGACGCUACCCCACGCACAUCACCUACACACACAGGUUGGCCAAGACGGUACGAAGCUACCGGCCGGUGAUGCGACUGAUUCCACCGCCAGUAAUUCCACCACAACCACAGCAUCGGCAUCGAGUGGUGGUAGUACCACGGUAAAGGCGGAUGGACGCGUCUCCCAGCAAAGUCUUACCCGUCCGGAGGAGCUAGCACAGAGCUCACCACUGCUGAGCCACAAAGGACGAAGCCCGAUGAGGUCACCCACUAACACGGGAUCGUUACGACGUCGGAACAAGAGUGCACCGCGUAACAGUUACGAGGAUUACGAUGAAAGAGCGAUCCCUACUCUCAGUACACACACGAAUGACUUUCUACGGGAAUGUCAAGGUACGGCCAUGAUCGAACAGGAGGGUGGGAAGAUUCGCUGUAAGCUAAAUGAUCGCGAACGUCGUCAAGCUGCGCUACCGAUAUUGAUCUUUGGAAUGGAAUUAGUUGAGCUGAUUUACUCGCGCCAGUAUACGGAUCGUGAGGAAGGGUUGAUACGAUUGAGAGGCAUCCUGAAACACGAAAUCGAACCAGAACCACAAAUUCAAGCGGCACAGGCUGGACCGAACAAGAUAUGCCGUGGAGCAACACUACUGCUACAUCGAGGUGUCCGGGAUGCAGUGUUUUCCGUGUUUAGCCAAGCUACAGAGACGGUACGAAGCUUGUUCAUGGAGUUCGUUCCCAAUCGAGUAUCCCCGAGCGAGGUGGCACGAUCAGUCGAUCGUCUCUUGCCGGAGCUGCUGUCCAAGAGUGGCGAUCCAUCCGCGCGCGUUCACACGCUAGCACAGCACACGAUCCUUAGCAUCGCGGCUUGUCCGGAGGUGCGCGAGCAACACCUCAUCGCACCGGCCCUGUCGCGUCCGGUUGGGAACGGGACGCAUCCCCGGCUGGCGCUGAGUCGCAUGCAGAUGCUGGAGCAGCUCGUGCUGAGCCAGGGCAUCUCGAACGACAAGCAGAGCGGGCUGGCCUGUCGAACGCUCUCGGAGGCCGGCUGCUCCGGUAUCCACCAUCCGGCCGAGUCGGUGCGAAAGGUCGCCGAACGGGUGCUGCUGCUGGUGUACAAGGUGAACCCGCGGUUGGUACGCAAACAGCUUCCACCGGACGAUGAUAUCACGCGCCGCAAUCUGCUCUAUCGGCAACUGUUCGCUGAGUUUGACAAGAUCGAUCUACAGCGCAAAAAGGAAAUGUUGGAAAACAAACAGUUCUGUGGACCCGUUUCGUUUGCCGGCAUCUGUUCGCCACCGAUGUCUAGCAGCUCGAAGAGUUCCCCACCGGUGGAGAUCCGCAACAAGAGCCGUUACGAUGGCCGCACAAUCGUCAGUUUCUCCGAUACACAGACCGGUAGUUGGCAGUCUAGUUUCAGUUCCAUGAAAUUGCAGGAUACCCACUCGAGCCCGGUACGGCGGCUGGAUGCGACGACCGCUGGCAUCAUCAAGAGCAAGAGUGGACACGCGAUCGGACAUCACGGUCAAUGGGCAAUGGCGGACGCGCCGGUUACGAGUGCGACCGUCGAUUUGGAGAGCGCCCGGGAUAGUAAUGGUGGUGCGUACUACGACAAGCUGGAACCGGUGGCCGGUGGACACUGCAAUGGGAAGGAUCGUCCCAAGCUGUCCCAGCACAAGACCGCUAUGUAUGAUAGUACGAUCGGGUUUUUGCCUGGCACGGCGGGCGUACCCGAAAACGGAAGUGGUUCGCGGAAGAGCUCCAAUUCUGAUUCGUUCGAAGGCAUCGAGAGUGAGAUCCGUUGUCCGUUUUGUGAUUGGAUUUGUCAUGGAGAUCCCACCCAGCUAGACAAGCACUACUGGAAAGCGUGCCCCGUGUUGACCAAAUGUCCUCAGUGUAGUCAAAUAUUGGAGGUGGCGGCACUCUCCGGACAUUUGAUCAACGAGUGUGAAGCCAAAACUAGCUACUUGUCCUGCGAGCGGUGUACGGAAUCGGUCCAUAAGGAUCUUUACGAAUAUCACCUGAUGGAGGACUUUUGCAGAGAGCUUACCACAGGGGCAGCCCGAUGUCCACUGUGUCAUGACGAUGUGCUACUUCCGCUGGAUGGUGGCUGGAAGCGGCAUCUGCUCAGUCGUGCCGGUUGUCUCGGGAACACCCGUCGCCGAGCUCCAACUCAGUGAUGUUGGCGUUCCGGUCGGAACGUCGCUUUUUCCCACAUUUUCAAUCAAAUAUUCCAGGUGCACGAUUUAGGUAGACAUUUAAUGCAAUCAGUGGUGUUAG